AUGGAUUCUCCAAGUAAUGAGCCAGACUCAGGGGAAGGUUUCUACCAGCAGAGCUAUCCUCCACGUGUCUGUCGAAUUUGUCUAGAGACUGUCCUGCCAACUUUUCAACCUUCAGAGUUUUUCCAACGACCUCGCGUGGUUUAUGAAUCAAGUGAUCCAGAAACUGGUCGUCUACUCCGUCCCUGCAAAUGCAAAGGCUCCUCGCGAUAUGUACACGAAGGAUGCCUGCAAGCCUGGCGACAUGCCGACCCCAAAUAUAGCACGCGGAACUACUGGGAAUGUCCAACCUGUGGUUUCAAGUAUCGCUUGGGUCGAUUGACUUGGGCUCGCUGGAUCAGUAGCACUACUACUCAAAUUGUUCUUACGCUGGCCAUUCUUCUCCUCGCUAUCUUUCUACUUGGAUUCGUUGCUGACCCUAUUAUUGACCUCUAUCUUGGCCCACUGGACGAUAUCUACGAGGAACUGGACGAAGAAGCCUCGUGGCUGGAACACUUCAUCAAAGGAUUUGCCGCGCUGGGCUUGACAUCUUUCCUCAAGGCGCUGUUCACUUUGUCACCGGUACACUGGAAUUUUCGUGGUGUGAGCAAUACCCGCUCCAGUGGACGCAAUCGAGCUGCCAAUUUGAACUGGCUAGUGAUCGUGGCAGGUGUAGCCACUUUUCUCUGGACUGUUUACAAAGGUGUUCGUUCCUGGAGCAGACGAACCCUGGAAAUGGCAGGCGAAAAGGUCAUGGAUGUUCCUCUCCCCGAGGGCGAAGAUGAAAUUGUACCUGAAGAGCCAUCCGCCCACUCUAAAACGGAGUAA